AUGGCUGCCUUGCUUAAGUGCCUUCAAUUCGGAAUUCCCCUAGACCCUUUACCGAGUCAUAGCGGCCGUGACGAAAGAGUAGCGCACGCACCAAACAGGGUUCACCAUUUGGCACCAAAUGAAUUUGAUUUGGCGGUUAAGAAUGCUCUGCGAUACUUUCCACCUAAGCACCACGCUCUUCUGGAGAAGGAAUUCCGCUCUGAGCUGACAAACUAUGGACACAUUUACAUGUAUCGCUUCUUGCCACAGUUCGAAAUUAAAGCCUACCCAAUUGACUGCUACCCGGCGAAAUGCAGCGAAGCAGCAAGCAUCAUGCUUAUGAUCAUGAACAAUCUCGAUAAAGAGGUGGCACAGUUUCCACAAGAGCUGGUCACCUACGGCGGCAAUGGACAGGUCUUCUCCAACUGGGCUCAAUUCUGGCUGACAAUGCAGCACCUCUCCGCCUUGACACGAGAGCAGACACUGGUGAUGAACUCCGGGCACCCGUUGGGUCGCUACCCGAGCCUGAGCUCCAGUUCUCGAAUGAUCAUUUCCAAUGGCAACAUGGUGCCCAACUAUUCGAGCCGUGAACACUACGAUCGCUACUUUGCUCUGGGCGUAACCAUGUACGGACAGAUGACGGCAGGCAGUUUCUGCUACAUUGGACCGCAAGGCAUAGUGCACGGAACGACCAUUACAAUUCUCAAUGCGGCGCGCAAGUACCUCAAUACUGACAACCUGGCCGGUAAAGUGUUCGUUUCCUCGGGACUUGGCGGAAUGAGCGGUGCCCAGCCAAAGGCAGCAGUCAUUUGCGGCUGCGUUUCGGUGAUCGCCGAAGUGAGCCUAGCAGCACUGACCAAGAGGAAAAAUCAGGGAUGGCUAAUGGAGAUAAUCGACGACCUGAAUGUGCUCAUUGAACGAAUCAAGGUGGCCAAGCAAAAUCAAGAAGUGGUUAGCAUUGGCUUUCACGGCAACAUUGUACACCUGUGGGAGCGACUGGCACUUGAACAUAAAAAUAGCAAGGAGUUGCUCGUUGAGCUAGGCUCCGAUCAGACGUCCUGCCACUGUCCCUUCACAGGUGGAUAUUAUCCGGCUGAUUUGAGCUAUGAAAAUGCAAACGCACUCCUCAAGAGCGACCCAGAUAAGUUCAAGCGACUAUGCCAGGCAAGUUUGGUGCGACAAGUGAACGCAAUCAACUAUCUCGCCGAAAACGGACUCAACUUUUGGGACUACGGAAAUGCAUUUCUCCUGGAAGCCCACCGAGCUGGUGCAAACUUGAGCCCUCAUAAAACUGCUUUUGGCCUUACAUUCCGCUAUCCAUCAUAUGUACAACACAUUAUGGGGGACAUUUUUUCGCUUGGCUUUGGGCCCUUCCGAUGGGUUUGCACUUCAGCAAAUGAAAAAGACCUGCAAACAACUGACCAAAUUGCCUUAAAUGUUAUGCAAAAGCUUUGCGAACGCGAAGGAAUUGAUGAAGAGGUUAAAAAGAAUUACAUUGACAACAUAAAGUGGAUACGAAAUGCUCAUGAUCACCGACUGGUCGUCGGCUCUCAGGCUCGCAUUUUGUACUCCAACCAUGAGGGUCGAGUCAAAUUGGCAGUUGCCUUCAAUGAAGCGGUACGCAAAGGAGAACUUAAAGGACCGGUUGUGAUUUCUCGAGAUCAUCACGAUGUGAGUGGAGCUGACAGUCCGUUUAGAGAGACUUCAAAUGUCUACGACGGAUCAGCAUUCACCGCGGACAUGGCAAUCACUACAGCAAUCGGAAAUGCCACUAGAGGAGCUACUUGGGUGGCCAUUCACAACGGAGGAGGAGUUGGCUUUGGAGAAGCGGUUAAUUGCGGAUUUGGCAUGCUUUUGGACGGCUCCAAUGAGGCGCAAGAAAAAGCCGCCAACAUUUUGUUCUGGGAUGUUACGAACGGAAUCAGCAGAAGAAGCUGGAGCGGCAACGCGAAUGCCAUCAAAACCAUUACAGAGAUACAAAAGAAUAAUGGUAACAUCAGUGUUAACGUACCUUCGGAAAGCUUAUUUUCGCCAGACACAUAA